CGCUCGCGCACGCCGACGACGAAGAGACGCCGCCCGAUCGCUCGCCAUGGUGAAGUUUACCAUCGAUGAGCUGCGCAAGCAGAUGGAUCACAACAAGAAUAUCCGUAAUAUGUCUGUGAUCGCGCACGUCGAUCACGGUAAAUCGACGCUCACGGAUUCUCUCGUCGCCGCGGCGGGGAUCAUCGCGCAGGAAAACGCCGGGGACGCGCGCUUGACGGAUACGCGUCAAGACGAGCAAGAUCGGUGCAUUACGAUCAAGUCCACGGGUAUUUCGUUGUUCUACACCGUGUCUGACGAGGAUUUGGCGCGCUUGCCGAAAGAUGUGCCGCGUGAUGGUAACAACUACCUGAUCAACUUGAUUGAUUCUCCGGGUCACGUCGAUUUCUCGUCCGAGGUGACGGCGGCGUUGCGCAUCACCGACGGCGCCUUGGUCGUCGUUGAUUGCGUCGAAGGUGUUUGCGUACAAACCGAAACCGUGCUUCGUCAAGCGCUCGGUGAACGCAUUAAGCCUGUGAUGACGGUGAACAAGCUCGAUCGCUGCUUCCUCGAACUCAUGCUCGACGGCGAAGAGGCGUACCAAAACUUCUGCCGCGUCAUCGAAAAUGCGAACGUCAUCAUGGCUACCUACACGGAUGAGGCGCUCGGUGACGUGCAAGUCGCGCCGGAGAAGGGUACCGUGUGCUUCUCCGCUGGUCUUCACAACUGGGCGUUCACCUUGACCGUUUUCGCGAAGAUGUACGCCGCCAAGUUCGGCAUUGACCAAGACGCCAUGAUGGGCAAGCUUUGGGGCGACAACUUCUUCGAUCCGAAGGAGCGUAAGUGGACCAAGAAGAACACUGGCUCGAAGACGUGCAUGCGUGCUUUCGUCCAGUUCUGCUACGAGCCGAUCCGUCGCGUCAUCGAUGCCGCGAUGAACGACAACAAGGACAAGCUCUGGCCGAUGCUCGAAAAGCUUCAAGUGAAGGAUAGGCUCAAGCCCGCUGACUUGGACUUGAUGGGCAAGCCGUUGAUGAAGCGUAUCAUGCAAACCUGGUUGCCGGCCGAUGUUGCUCUUCUUGAGAUGAUCAUCUACCACUUGCCUUCCCCGGCUACGGCGCAAAAGUACCGUGCGGAUACCCUCUACGAGGGUCCGCUCGAUGACGCCUACGCCAACGCGAUUCGCGAGUGCGAUGCCAACGGUCCGCUCAUGUUGUACGUGUCCAAGAUGAUCCCGACCGCCGAUAAGGGUCGUUUCUUGGCCUUCGGUCGUGUGUUCUCUGGUACCGUGCAAACUGGCCAAAAGGUGCGCAUCAUGGGUCCGAACUACGUUCCGGGUGAGAAGAAGGAUUUGUACAUCAAGUCCAUCCAGCGCACCGUGUUGUGCAUGGGCCGUCGUCAAGACGCUAUCGACAACGUGCCGUGCGGUAACACCGUCGCCAUGGUUGGUCUCGAUCAGUUCAUCCAAAAGAAUGCGACCAUCACUGGUGAGAAGGAUGUCGAUGCGCACACCAUCAAGGCGAUGAAGUUCUCCGUCUCUCCGGUUGUCCGCGUCGCUGUUGAGUGCAAGAACUCGCAAGAUCUCCCCAAGCUCGUCGAAGGUCUCAAGCGCCUUUCCAAGUCCGAUCCGAUGGUUCAGUGCCAAAUCGAAGAGACUGGUGAGCACAUCGUCGCCGGUGCUGGUGAGCUUCACCUCGAAAUCUGCUUGAAGGAUCUCCAAGAAGAUUUCAUGGGUGGUGCCGAAAUUCGCAUCUCCGAUCCGGUCGUGUCCUUCCGCGAAACCGUCAACGGUACCUCGGACCACAUUUGCAUGUCCAAGUCCCCGAACAAGCACAACCGUUUGUACUUCCAAGCCGUCGCCAUGGACGAAGGUCUUGCCGAAGCCAUUGACAACGGUGAAGUCACCCCGCGCGAUGACCCGAAGACUCGCGGUCGUUUCUUGGCUGACAAGUACGGCUGGGACAAGGAUCUCGGCGCCAAGAAGAUUUGGUGCUUCGGUCCGGACACCACCGGCCCGAACCUCAUCGUCGAUAUGUGUAAGGGUGUCCAGUACCUCAACGAAAUCAAGGAUUCGUGCGUUGCGGCGUUCCAGUGGGCCACCAAGGAAGGUGUCCUCGCCGAAGAAAACAUGCGCGGCAUCAAGUUCGAGAUCCACGAUGUCGUUCUCCACACCGAUGCCAUUCACCGUGGUGGUGGUCAAAUCAUCCCGACGUGCCGCCGUGUCUUGUACGCGUCUGCACUCACCGCGGAACCGCGUCUCCUCGAGCCGGUGUACUUGGUUGAAAUCCAAGCUCCGGAGCAAGCGCUCGGCGGUAUCUACUCCACCGUUACGCAAAAGCGUGGUAUGGUUAUCGAAGAGACCCAGCGCCCGGGUACCCCGAUUUACAACAUCAAGGCGUACUUGCCGGUCAUGGAAUCUUUCGGUUUCACGGGUACUCUCCGUGCAGCGACUUCCGGCCAAGCGUUCCCGCAGUGUGUGUUUGAUCACUGGGAUAUGCUCAACAGCGAUCCGCUCAACCCGGAUUCGCAGUCUGGUAAGCUCGUCAAGGACAUCCGUAAGCGUAAGGGUAGCAAGGAGAACGUCCCGCCGCUCAACGAAUACGAAGACAAGCUCUAAUUGUAGGGUCUCAGGAGCAGCUUUUGAAACGUACAUCUCUAUAAUACACAAA